AUGCACCAGACGUGGUGGUCGGACCUCCCGCCGGAACUGCUCCGAGAGGUUUCCUCCCGUCUGCACGUCCCCGCCGAUUUCGUCCGGUUCCACGCCGUGUGUAAGCCAUGGCGCGACUCACACGGACCAUCGACAACGACGGGAACUGGUCAGUUCCUGCUGUGGCUCCUGGCGCCCAGCAAGAAGAGCGAGGACUCCCUCAGCUUCAGAUGCGUCUUCUCCAACACAAGCUACGUCCCGCCGCCGCCCAUAUCUGAUGGCAGUGGCACCGGGAUGAAUUGGGUGACCAGUGCCGACGGCACCGCCGUCCGCUACUUCACCGCCUUCGAACCGCACGGCCCAACAUUCUACGAUCCUCUCGCCGGAGGACCCCCCACCCACCUGCUUCCUGGUAUCUCACCGCAUGGGUUGGGGAAGAAACCCAGUGGCAUCAUCUACAACGACGGCGCCAUCCUUGUGUACAGCAAACAGGACAGCAUCGACACAUUUACCGCCGAGUUCAGGGCGGCGUUCCUGCGUCCCGGUGACACCGAGUGGAUGUUUAUCCACAGGACUAUCGAAUCCCCCUCUGACCAAGAGUUCUGUGUCGCGUAUCACAACGGCAAGAUCCAUGUGACCGUUGAGAACAGCCUCUGGCACGUUGUGAGCGUGACCGAGCAGCCCACAGCCGCAACCAACAGCGACGAUGUGCUGGUUCUUAGGCCAUCUUCGAUGCCGCGCCAGUGCGACGGCAACUUGUACGAGCACAGCUAUGUGCUCGAGUCCCGUGGGGAGCUGCUGUGGGUGUCGGUGCACAUUUUGAUGUGUUACCCCGACAAAGAUAAGAAUGGCAUCGACGACCUCGUCGACGCACUCUCGAUGUCCAUCCACACACUUGAGAAGGUCACCAAGGAACCAGAAAAGUUGUUGUGGAUGAGGAAGGAUGGCCGGAGCCUAGAGGACUGCGUGUUGUUCCUAGGGUGGCCCAAUAGUUUCGCCGUGGACGCGUCGCGUAUGGGCAUGAGUGGUGGGUUCGCCUACUUCUUGUACUACGAUGACCAGGGCGGCCGCCUGCCGCAUGAACGACAUGGCGUGUUCAGGUACAACCUCAUUGACAACACGACAGAGUUUGUCGAGUGGCUGCCCCAUGGAUUGGAUAGCGACAUGUGCAUGUGGCUCCUCCCCCAGGUCAUGGUUGCUCCAAUCCACCAUGGUCCAGCUAAUACGCCAAGAAGCAAUAACACUUGUGUUGGGGUGCUGAUGCCCAACCUACCUCUUAUUGCGAAGAGCUCUUGGCUGCAACACUUGUUUAGCAUACUGCAACACUUGUUCAGCAUGUUCAGUAGACUGUUUGGUAGCAAGGUGACAUACUAG